AUGAGUGAAGUCCAAUCAAGGCUCCUGUCUCAACCAGUUGAGCCGUCUGACAACUCAAGUGAUUUUUUCCUUUUUGAUUCUUCCAGAAAUAGCCGUAAAGUCAAGAAGAAAAAUCCGACUGUAAAACGGGCUGAGGAGCUGCUAAGAAUGUGCAACUUGAAAUUCGAGCCCGGAACUUUCGGCGUGGGCGAGGUAGCGAAGGCUGUCAUCUGCUUCGACAUCGCCUGCCACCUGAUGGGCAACACAGCAGUGGAUGCGCGCAAGGCAGCCAAGCUGAGCGGCAUGUCUCCACCUGCAUACGCCCGGGCGCGAGCGUCCAUUCAGAACGCUCUAGGCGUCAGGUCGCAGUUGAGCCUACCCCAGUUGGCCCUUCUGUUUGGGUGCAUGCGAGUGCUGGAGUCCACUCAGCGCAACCUGCGCAUCUUCACCGCUCGUUUCACUGCCGCCCUCCCAGAGGCACGGAGGGGCGGCACUGACUUCUCCCGUCCGGCAUUCAUGGCAGCAGCGCUCAUGCUCACUGCCACACGCAACCAGCUGAAGAUGGACGUUGACAGGUUGCUGGAAGCCACACGUGUGGGCAAGGACGAGUUUCAGCAGGUGGUGGCGUGCAUGGAAGCCCACUGCACGGACCUGUUUGGGUCGUCCCACAGCUGCCCCACACCCAGCAAGCCACAGGAGGAGUCUGUGCCAUGCCAGCACCCACCAGUCCAGCUUCAGCCGCCGCAGCAGUAUCAGCAGCAGCAGCAGCAGCAGCACCAGCAGCAGCAGCAGCACCAGCAGCAGCGGCAGCCGCAUCAACCACAGCAGCAGCAGCAGCAUCAGCCGCAGCAGCAAAGGCAGUGGCAGGCAAAGGAGCAGCAGCGAAAUAAGAUGCACCAGGCUUCAAGUAGAUCAUUCCGAGAGUCACCAUGCAACGUUUCACAUGAUGCAGCAAGAUGUGAAGUUGCAGCAAGAUGUGAAGGGACCUGUGGGGCAGCAGAACGGGAUGGUUCCCUGCCUGUCAGGCACCCCCAGAAGGAGCAGUGCAUACAUUCCACUGACGUGGCACACCUGCAUCAGCAGCUGCAGCAGCAGCAGCAGCAGCGGCAGCACGUUGCUGCCGCUGAUCUGGCAGAGCACCAGCCAAGCCCUACCCCAGCCGACGUGGCCCAACCACAACAGGGUGCUGCCAGCAAGAGCAACAGCAGCACCAUCCCGUUGCCCCAAGCCAAGCUCACUCUCUUUAAGAGACCCUCAGGCCCUUCUGGCAAGCUGUGUCAGGCGAAGCUGCAAUUCAAACGCGUCAAGACCGCAGCUUCUUAG